UUCCGUUGGGUCCCCCUUUGGCUCAGGUUCCCUGCCCCUCCCCCUCCCUGUGAGCCCCGAGGGGCCGGAGCUCCAGGCAGUGGUGGAUCCUGACGGCAGUCUUGCCCCGGGUCUGUAAGUUCGGAGGCGGCCGGAGAGCCGGGCUGGGGCGCGGGGGUCCCUGGAAAUGGAGCCCCCGUGGGUCCCCGGGUCGGCCGAGACCUGCCGUGGGAUGCGAGCCGAGUGGCUGGCCUAGGCCCCGGGGGACUUCAGCUUUCCACGCUGCGCCCCGGCCCACGCUGCGCCCCGGCCCACGCUGCGCCCCGCCCCCGUCCCUCCCUAGUCCGGAGGAGGGAUUCUCAGGAUGCUUCGGGGACCGCCUCCUAGGACCCCCAACCUAGGGCCGAGCGGCUGGACCGGACACCGAACUCUGGCAUCUUGUAGAAAGUGCCAGACUUGAGGUCCGGGGAAAAGGACCCUCAGGAGCUAGCCAGGGGAAGGCCUUCAGUGCCAACCCGCGAGAAUACUGUCUGCCAAAAUGUCUGAAAGAUCAGAUCUCCUUCACUUCAAGUUUGAAAAUUAUGGAGAUUCAAUGUUACAAAAAAUGAACAAAUUAAGAGAAGAGAAUAAGUUUUGUGAUGUUACAGUUCUCAUAGAUGAUAUUGAGGUACAGGGGCAUAAAAUUGUAUUUGCUGCAGGUUCCCCCUUUUUAAGAGACCAGUUUUUACUGAAUGAUUCCAGAGAGGUGAAAAUCUCCAUAUUACAGAGUUCUGAAGUGGGGAAGCAAUUGCUCUUAUCCUGUUAUAGUGGUGUACUGGAAUUCCCUGAGAUGGAACUGGUAAAUUACUUGACUGCUGCAAGUUUUCUUCAGAUGAGCCACAUUGUAGAACGGUGCACACAGGCCCUGUGGAAAUUUAUAAAGCCAAAACAACCAAUGGAUAGUAAAGAGGGAUGUGAACCGCAGAGUGCUUCUCCCCAGUCGCAAGAACAGCAGGGAGACGCCAGAGGCUCUCCAAAGCAGGACUCGCCUUGUAUUCACCCAUCUGAAGACAGUAUGGAUAUGGAGGACAGUGAUAUUCAGAUUGUUAAGGUAGAAUCAAUUGGGGAUGUAUCAGAGGUUAGAAGUAAAAAAGAUCAGAACCAGUUUAUUUCUUCUGAACCCACUGCUUUACAUUCUUCAGAGCCCCAGCACUCCCUGAUAAAUUCAACUGUGGAAAACAGAGUAAGUGAGCUAGAACAAAACCACCUCCACAAUUAUGCCCUCUCUUACACAGGCAAUGAUAAUAUCAUCAUGACCUCAAAAGAUGUCUUUGGGCCCAAUAUUCGAGGUGUAGACAAAGGCUUACAGUGGCAUCACCAGUGCCCAAAGUGUACCAGGGUGUUUCGUCACCUCGAGAACUACGCCAACCAUUUAAAAAUGCACAAACUCUUUAUGUGUCUACUCUGCGGCAAGACUUUUACUCAGAAAGGCAAUCUUCAUCGACACAUGCGUGUGCAUGCCGGAAUCAAACCUUUCCAGUGUAAGAUCUGUGGGAAAACCUUUUCUCAGAAGUGUUCCUUACAGGAUCAUCUUAACCUUCACAGUGGAGAUAAGCCCCAUAAAUGUAACUAUUGUGAUAUGGUUUUUGCACAUAAGCCAGUUUUGAGGAAACAUCUUAAACAGCUGCAUGGCAAAAACAGCUUUGAUAAUGCCAAUGAAAGAAAUGUACAAGACCUCACAGUGGAUUUUGAUUCUUUCGCAUGUACAACAGUCACAGAAUCUAAAGGUUGUCAGCCACAAUCUGAUGCAGCACAGGUCCUGGAUGCAGGUAAACUGACCCAAGCUGUCCUGAACUUAAGGAGUGAUAGUACUUGUGUGAAUUGAGUAGGGGCCUAAUGCUCACAACUAGAUUGGACUGAGAGUGUGGCAAUAGUCUGAGUCUUUUUAAGAGUGAUUUUGAUAGUUUCUUCUCCAAAGUCUCCAUGCAGGUGGUAGUGGGUGAGUUAAAGCACUAAGACCAGACAACUUACCACUUGGUGUGGUUUUGCUUUCCUUUUGUCUGCUCCCAUUUUCUUUUUUGAGUUAUUUAUCCUGUGAUGUCUAUUUUCCUUUCCCAAUGAAUAAUUCCAUUUGUCUACCUAAUGUUGACUUAUGUCUUAGACUGACACUAUUUUAGGCUUUUAACUAAGCACAUUCUGAAGGUACCUUCAAAUAACAUCACCUGCUUUCCACUAAUCGAUGCUAUGCUUAGGAAAGUGAAUGAUAUUUUUCUUCAGUAAGAGAAAGUAGACUGAGAUAUAAGGUGAUACUGCUGUUGACCUAAAUAUGUGAUAGAGCCCUUUUUUUGUCUACUGAUAAUUCAUCCAUAUCUAAUGAAUGAAUCUGCUGCCUACCAUUUGUAUUGUAUUUGGAGCUGCUAUAAAGAAGUAUGUUGGUUUGUUCUGUACUUUUCAACACUACCAUAGCCCAAAUACAUCUCACUCUACAGCCCAGAGUACAGUCUUUUCAGCAACAUCUGCAGACAGAUAGUUUUAGGGACCACCAUAGAAAGCAUAAUCAACAAAGGAUAGAGGUACAAUAAUAUGGAAGUGGGUACAUGGAAGGUUUUCUAGGUAUCAUGUCCCAGCGAGAGAGGGGCCAUUGGCUUUUAGUAUGUAGCUUAAUUUUUCAUGCUUUUGUAAUUAUAAUUGCUUUAGUCAUACUUAAAUGAGCUAAAGAAUAAUGGUCUCUGUAGAAAUGGACUGUACUGGAGUCUCUGAACUUGUAUCAGAGUUUAAUCAUCAGAAAGGUGAGUUUGGCCAUCAGUUUUUUUUCCAAUAUGCAGUAAGUGUCUCUGAGUUUUUCUUUCCCCGUGUACCUUAAUAUUAGAAAUAGAUGGGAAAAAAAAAAGUGGGAUACAGGAUAAUAGCCAGAUUUUCUUGCAUUUAGAUAGGUUUCAUAAAUACAUACUGUCCCACUUUGCCACCUUUGAUAGUUGGUCUUCAAAGAUGAAAAAAAAAUUUUUUUCUUAAAUACAUUUCAUACAUAAUUUUGAGCCUUGUUUCUGAUCCAUGAGUUCCAUUUAGGUGACAGGAAUGUUAGAGAACUUAGAAACUCUUGAAGGAUUAUUUACUCCAUCACUGUCAGUUUAAGUUAGGGCAUCCAAGGUCCAAAUAGGUGGCCUGGCUGCCGUUGCCCAAAUAUACAUGACAAAAUAUGAAUGACUGCCCCCAUAACUUUUCUCACCAUCUUUCAUUUAAAAAGAUUCAGUACCUGAUGAAUAACAACACAUUAGCAGAAAGGUCCAAGCUUCACCUUUGGUUGUACCUUCUGACUUUCUGAGACGGCCUAGGUUUUGCCAACAAAAUACCCAGAAGGACUUGUGAUAAUUAUUUUUUUAAAUCAUUUUAUUCUGGUGGUUUGUGCUUAUAAUCUUAGCCCUUGGGAGGCUGAGGUACUAGUGUUGCUAUAAGUUCAAGGCCAGUCAGCCUGGACUACAGAGUGAGACCCUGUCUCAAAAGACCUAAAUAAAUAAGUACAAUUAUUUUGUUAUAGUAAUGCUGGGGCUCAAACCCAGUGCCUCACAUAUACUAGGCAAGCACUAUACCUACUCCUAAAGUACACCUCAACCCAUUAAUUAUUUUUAGUUAGAUGAAUAUUGCAUUCUUUCCAAGUAGCUGAUUUGCAGUGUUGGUAGGAAAGGAAAGGGCAAGUUAGAAUAACGUGAAAAGGAACCGAAUAUGAAGCUUAUUUUUGUCUGGAAAAUUAUUUCCACCAGAAUUUUGUUGUUUUUUUGCGCUAUGAGAGUACAUGCACAGAUAAUACAGAAAUUAGACUUAACUUAUAUAGUCAGGGGGACAUGUUAUAAUUUGAUGUAUUUACAUGUGACUCAGAUUUGAGAUAUAAUUUUUCUUCUACCAAAUAUUUAAGAAUGCAGUUGAUAAAACUAGAGAUACCUUCUGCUCAACAUCACUCAUUGUGUGGUCUAAUGCUUCCUUGCAUUCUGAGUUUUCCAUGAUUCAGCCAAAGAGUCCCAGUUCUAUGCAGCAACGAAACUACCAAGUCAUCCAAUGUUUUGCGUAUUUUUUCUGAACACCAUUUUUCCACAGGAGAAUUUCAAGAUGGGGUGCUCCCCUUGCUCAUAUUCAUGUCCCGUUUCUGUCACUAGUUUGAAGACUAAAAAGCAUGGGUUCAAGUAAGAUUGGUCUCUUUGGUUGGAGACUGUUUCUGUCCUUCAAGAAACUUUUAUUUUUAAAUGCUGGGGAUUGGACCCACUGCCUACUGAGCUACUUCCACAGCCUCAAGAAACAUUAUUAAGCAACUGCUAUUUCCAGGCACUAUGUUAGUUUCUGAGGAUAUGAAGGUAAGAUUGGUAUGGUCCCUGUCCCUAUGGAGCUUAUAGUGUCAUGUGAUGUUAGUGAAACACAGUCUCAAAUUUAUUCCAUACUAAGAAUAAACCUGCUUUGUUUUCUUUGUUCACUUAAAAUCAGCCUUUUUAAUUUACUAUUACUAAAGUUUUUAGUUCUGUUUGCAGGUGCAAACCACUUAACUAAUUUGUGGUCUCCAUUUCUUGACUGGAGAGGUCUUCUGUUUCUGUGAGACAUCUGAUUUUGGUGGGACUUGCAUUCUUUGCUUACACAGUUCUUAGAUUAUAUUGCAGAGAUCAAGUUAUUGAUGUCAAGUAUUCUUCAUAGUGGAAGAUGGCUUUUAACACUAGUCAUGUUCCUAUAGAAGAGGAAGGGUUUUUAAACCUUAGUUAUUCCACUUUUGUAUUGUAUGGAUUACUAGGAAAACUCCAAAAGGAAGAGGAUUCUCUUUACUAUAGUUUGGUGGUUUUUUUUGUUGUUGUUUUUUGUUUUUUUUUUAAUUACUGUGUCAGUUAUUUAUUUAUUAUUUAAUAUUAAAACAAGCUCCAAACUGAAGUGGCUCUGAGGUAAAUCAGAUGUGGUUUUGUUUUAGUUUAGAAGAUGUGUAAAUGGAAGGUGACCAGUGUCACCAUUUCUAAAAUAUUGUCCUAAACAAACAACCCAGAACAUUUUAUUUCAGCUCAUGAAUGGCUGUUCUAAAUCUGUUGUAUGUUAGACAUACUUUGAACUACCUCUUACUUAAUAUGGGGACGUUUCCUUAAUAAAAGCGUGACAGUUAAAA